AUGCGUCCCUUCGCUCUCUCUGCUGCCGUUUUUGCGGCCACGGCUCUCAGUCAAAACAAAGGGGAGAAAACGGAAUGCGCGGAUGGAUUGUACAUGAUUGCUGUACGGGGCACUGGUGAGGACAAGGGAUCUGGAAGAAUCGGUGAGAUCGCAGAGGAUGUUAGCAAACGCGUCAAUGGCUCAAUUGUCAGCCCUCUUGACUAUCCCGCAACUCUCCAGGAUCCCGACUACUUCGAUUCCGAGGAAGCCGGAGUCAAGGCCCUGUCUGCAGCCCUCGAUGACUAUCACAGCUCAUGCCCCAACGGUAAAAUUGCCGUAUUUGGCUACUCUCAGGGUGGACAAGUUGCAACUGAUGUAUUCUGCGGGGGAAGCGACAACAAGCCCUUGACCAUGAGUCUCGUCAAAGACAGCGUUGUUGCGGUCAUCGCGUUCGGCGACCCAAGCCACGUGGCAAACUUGACGUACGACAGGGGCACUAGUAAAAACGACGGAAUCUUCGAACGUCCCAGUAACGAGACAAAGUUGUGCGAGGACAACUACAGUGACAUCAUCCGCUCGUACUGUGACACAGGCGAUGUAUACUGUGACGUGGGUAAGAACAACGAGACCCAUGGUAGCUACUUUGAGAAGUACGGUAAAGAGGUGGUCGAUUUUGUCGUUGAGCGGUACGAGAAGGCGCUGAAAGACGAGAGUACAUCAACACAAACUAGCACAGCUGCUGCUACUGCUACUGCCGAGACAAGUGGUUCCGCAACAGCCAGUGAUGCACCAUCGGCCACUACAGCUGCUCCGGGCAACGCUGCGGCGGGAUUGGUACCUGGUCUUGUCCUGGCUAUGAUACCCCUGGCUUUGGCCGUGUCAGAGUACCUUUGA